UGAUAAAUAUGACUUUAUUGGUACGGAAUAAUUUGGCUGGUAUACAUACGACUGUUACUUGAAUGACCUGAUAGACAAAGACAGAGCCAGGCAGACAGACACUUCGAGACACCAUCACAAAUCUGCUGCUCUCUGGCGACUGCCUCCCGUUAUGGCAUCUUGGUGAACUGCGUCUGAGGACUGUGCGCUCUGUGAACAAGUGCAGCUGUAGAAAAACCACACUGUCUGCACACAGCCUGAACCCGACUUGCUAUGGAUCAACACCAGGACUAUAUGAACAACGCCCCUAACACCUACAGCUACAACUCCGGGGACACCAUGAGCGCUUCCUUAGCCGGCAUGACCAUCAACGACCUGCAUCACCAGGAGAACGGGGUCCAGCUGGGGCACAGGAGCCCAGGGGAUGGCCCCAUGAAAGUGGAGCCUGAGGAAGCCACAGUAGAGGGCAGAGCGGCUGAACCACAGUCUGAGCUCUUUGAACUGGAGAGCAAGACCUGUGAUGAGGAGGUGCACCCUGUGGAGCCUGAGGAAGCCACACCAAAGGACAGGGUGGCUGUACCACAGUCUGAGCUCUCUGAACUGGAGAGCACCCCCUGUGACGAGGAGGUGCACCUUUGCGCCUCUGGGGAGGAGGUGCAACCUGAUCAGGAGCCUUCAGAUAUGGAGGAUGCCACAAUAAUGGAGAACACAGUUGCUGUGCAGCCAGAAGGAAAACCAGCGACUGGAGGAGCAGCCCCAACAGCUCAAGCGAAGAUUGAAAACGACAAUGCUGAUAAGAAGACACCCAAAACUAGACCCACAUCUGCCCUUAAAAGACCCUCCCCAGUCAACAGAACCAGAAAUGGGCCCACCUCAGUACCUACUAGAGCCAGCAGUGUAGGGGCCAGGCAGACCUGUACUCCGGGUGGUGCCAGGCCUCAGGCCCCCGGAACCAAGAUUCCCGCCAAAACCCCAGCUCCAGCAAGCGGCAAGAACAAAGACAACACCAGUGGACAGAGCAGCCCUGGUACUCCCAAGUCCCCCUCCAGCAAGACUCUUCCCGGGAAGCCCUUGGCUGUGGCCACCAACCAGGUGAAGAAGGUUGCGGUGGUGCGCACCCCACCCAAGUCCCCUGGCUCUCUCAAGAGCCGCGCCCCUGCACCCCUCACCGCCGCGGCCCCCUUGCCGGACCUGAAGAACGUCAGGUCCAAGAUCGGCUCCACGGACAACAUCAAGCACCAGCCUGGAGGAGGAAGGGUCCAAAUCCUUGAGAAGAAGUUGGACGUAAGCAAUGUCCAGGCUCGUUGUGGAUCCAAAGCCAACCUGAAUCACACUCCUGGAGGAGGCAGGGUACAAAUACUAGAAAAGAAGGUGGACGUAAGCAAUGUCCAGUCUCGCUGUGGCUCCAAAGAUAAUAUCAAACAUACACCCGGAGGUGGCAAUGUUCAAAUAGUCCACAAAAAGAUUGACCUGAGCAAUGUUAAAUCAAAAUGCGGUUCUACAGCCAACAUCCACCACAAGCCAGGUGGUGGGAAUGUUGAGAUAAAAUCUGAGAAAUUGGAUUUCAAAGUCCAAUCAAAGAUCGGCUCCAUGGACAACAUUGGGCACGUGGCCGGAGGUGGACAGAGGAGGAUUGAGAGCCACAAGCUGACGUUCCGUGAGACGGCCAAGGCACGUACUGACCACGGCGCCGAGAUUAUCUCCCUGGAAGACGACCCCCUGUCCCACCAGCUCAGUACCUUGUCCUCCUCCGGCUCCAUCAACAUGGCCGACUCACCGCAGCUCUCCACACUCGCCGACCAGGUAUCUGCCUCGCUGGCCAGCCAAGGCUUGUGAUUGGCUGAUGGCACACGAUGGCCGACCGGAAGUCUCCUGACCAACCACACUACUUCGACCACCCACUUUAGAGGAGUCGUGACGCCUGUCGACUUCCUCCUCCUUUUCACAGGACUUUUUUAGCUAUACCCAUCACUGUUUCUCUUCCAUCACUGACUAUGCGUCUUGAUGCAUUAUUGUUAGAAAAGAGGUCAUAAAAAAUAGAUUCAAGUAGGUCAAGUUAGAUUAUUUAAUUUCUCUCUUGAUCUAUUUUUGUUGUCAAUAUUUGUACCGUUUGUAUAAAUGUCCGUUUAGGAGUUUAAAGAAAGAAAAAAAACAUCCAAACAAACCAGAUUCUUGCAAGUGUUUCUGGACAUUUUAUUUUAACUUCACCUAUAUUUAAUUCACUUUAACUCAAUAAAUAAUUUCACUGUCACAAUGACUGCGAUUUGAAGCACUUCAUUUACACAUUGCCAUUUUGAUGUGCAAAUGAUCUGUGAUGGCUGUCUCCUGAAUGGCUAUUUGAUAUGGAAAAAAUUGGUUUGAGAGAAGUGGGCCCACUUUUACAACGUAUUGAACAUAAGAAAACACAUCAUCCAGUUACAGGGUAGUAUAAGGCAAAGAAGUGGUGAGGAAAGGUGGGCUAAUGUAGCAAAAGCUCUCAUUCAGACAGUAAAAUGCUUUUAGACCUCCCCAACCUGCUGUCUCUGCUUUGGGUGACUCUAUACACUGCAUACCAAGGUAGUAUAGUUUAGAGGUAAACAUUUCCUUUAUAGACAAAAGAAGAGAGAUACAGAAUGGUUAGCGUAGAAACUUUGGUUUGUGUUGGGCACACGCGUUUCUAAUUGUAUUCUGUGGAUAUGACAUGUAUUUGAUAUGGAAACAUUUGUAUUGUGCCUGCUACUGUCAGUUUUAAUUUAUUUUUUGAUUUGACUCUGUUAUGGCUCUAUUGUAAAUGCGUUUCAGCUUUUGUCUUAUGCGGUGUGGCAGUUUACAUUUAACGUAUGUAGGCUACUAGAGACAAACUAUUUGUUAAUGUUCUAAAGAAGAAGACAUCAAUUAGAGGGGAAUACUGAGUUACUAAAUGUAUAAAUUAACAGGCUUAGCUAUGCCAGGCAAAUUGUCCAACCAAUUAUGGGUCGUGUCAUUUAACGUAAGACUCAUCAUUUCAGUCAGGGACUGAUGCCUAAUUUUUCACUAAUUUAGCUUUAGAUCACAGUAACAACGCUUUCUGAACUUUCAAUUUAAUGGACAUGGCUUUGUAAAAUGUAUAGGCUAACUGCCUCAUAGUCAGUUGAGCAGCCAAGUACUAGAACCAAAAGUCAAUAGAAAAUACUGACAAAACAGGCAGUCAAAGGAAAGUCAAAACACAGAAGAAAAAUUGCUGAAGUGACAUGAAGAAAUCGGUUAUAUUUAUCAUAAUAAACUCUGCAACGCAUGUAGUGAAAUUAACGUAAAAACAUGCACAAAAAACAUAGCUUGUCCCAAGAUAUUAAAGGUAGACGCAGUGGGGCAACUUCCUGCUUGCGCACGAUGGUUGAGUUUCUGCCCGACUACAUUGCAGACACCUGCCAGAUCUCACAAUGCAUCUAUAGGUGUUUAACUAUCAGCUAAACACAUCAUAUGAUAUAGCAAUCUGGUGCCCGACUGCACAGUCAAUGAUGUGGCAUGCAACCUUUGGUUGAUGCUAUCCAACGCCUGAGCAGGGGAACACAACCAUAAUAGUGUGUUCAAGACAACUGGAAAAUCGUGAUGUCAGUGAUCUUCAGGUCAGAGAAGUCGGAGCUCUAGGAUGAUGCCCGAAUUUCUGAAUUGUAAUUCCGAGUUGGAUGACGGUUGGUUCAAAUCUAAUGUUUUCAAGUCAGUGCUGUUUCCUUUCAGAGUUCCCAGUUGUCUUGAGUGCGUUGAAGUCGGAGGUCAGAGAUUUCCUAGUUCCGAGUUGUCUUGAACGCACCAUAAGCAACAACUGAAUUCCAAUCGCCCAAGACUGCCCCUAUUGGUUCUUUCAGGUUUGCACCCUCCCUUGAGGUAUGUCCACAUUGGGAGGAGCCAAUUGGCAGUCUUGGCAGAUUAGCAUUAUGUUGUUAAUUGAUUUUUGUAAGCAGGAAGUUCCCCCACUGUAUGUGAUGAUGUCAUAUUGCUCACUCACAUUUUUUACCCUAAAAUGUUUAACCAUCUGUUACAUGGAGCAAGGUACCUUUCGGAUAUAUUUAGAUUUAGGCCUACUAAUUGCCUGUGCACGAGCAUGCUCGUCACACUUUCCUCAACUUGUCUCACGGGUUAUAAAGCUGUGGUCCUUUCCCUGAAACGUAUACGACGAAAAUUUACGAAACUGUCUCAUAUGUUCAAAUACAUAAGAAGUGUUUUUUCCUAAUGUAAACCCACGGUGGUUCACCAAUCACCACUAUAUUAUUCUCAUCAUUGAUUGCCUUCCUAACUCCGAGCAAACAUACCAUCUAAAAAGUCCUUGCAUGCAUUUCAUGUAAGAGUAAGCGGUCUGCCUCUCCUUUUACACUGUGCUUUCAUUGAAUAUCCUGUAAUAUCUGAUUUGUCUAUAUAAGGAUACACGUAGGUAUUAGUGCGAGGGAAUAGAACCCAAAAGGCAACCCUUUCCGUUAUGUGGAGAUUAAGGUGCAUUGAUAACAUAAGAUUUUCCAGUGUAUGUGUAUGGUUGACUUGUAUUGCCAAUAUAUAUUUAAUUGAGGACUCAGAACUGGCCAGGGCAUUAGAGAAAAGGUGUGCUUGCAACACUACAAUCUGCAUGCUAAACUGUUGGUUACUUUUCAUCAUAAUGGACAACAUUUGUUUGAAUGUGUUAAAUGGGUAUGUGCACUGUAUUCUGUGUGGAUUACUGGGACUAAUAUGUUGGAGGGCAGGUACUGAUAAGUUCCAGUACUAACAUUAUCAGUAUUCAAGGGAAAAAGUGGGUUUUUUGGUGGUCCUCUCCGCUAGCCUCUGUCCUGAGGUCAAUGGAAAGGGUUUGCAGUAAUACAUUUCAUCAUCACCCUUUUGUUAUUUUUGCCGCUGUACAGUUGUGUGGAAAAUGUGAUUGUUGAUAUUGUUAUUGUGCAUUUUAUCAAUAACUGGUGUAUGAUGAUUCUUGUCGCUGUGAAUUUAAAAAUAAACUGUUAAACCAUG